AUGCGGGUGAGAGAGGAUGGAACUAGAGGAGAGUGCUGCCAAGCUGAAGAAAGCCUUCCAAGAGUCCCACAAGCAGACACUGGACGACUGGCAAGGAGAGAAGAACAAAGUCAACAUUCUGACCAAGGCCACAGCAAGAUUGAGGAUGAGCAGUCUCUGGGAGCUCAGCUCCAGAAAGAGAUCAAGGAACUCCAGGCCCGUAUUGAGGAGCUGGAGGAGGAAAUUGAGGCUGAGCGUGAUGCCAGGGCUAAGGUUCAGAAGCAGAUGGUCGAUCUCUCCAGGGAACUUGAAGAGAUCAGUGAGAGGCUGGAGGUGGUGUCUGUGUGUUAUUUCAUAGUUCUGAUAGUCUUCACUAUUAUUCUACAAUGUAGAAAAUAGUAAAAAUAAAAACCUUUGAAUGAGUAGGUGUUCUAAAACUUUUGACCGGUAGUGUAAAGUGUUACCCUUACUUCUGUCUCUUGUUUCUCAUCCAG